CAGCAGCAGCACAGAGACACCCUUCCCAACACUGUCCUCGCUGGCUCCGGGAUGGCUGAGCUGGAAGGACACAGUGCUGGGUGUCCCCGGGGUGACAGCAGCCCUGUCCCAUGGGAGCAGGAGCAGAGCUGGGCUCCUCUCCUGGGCUCCAGCCCAGGGGACCGGAGCAGCUCCAGCUCCAUCUGCACUGAGGACUUCGCUGCCAGGUUCCAGGAGGGAAUGGUGCUGCCUGAGGAGGAGGAAGAUGAGCUCACUGGGAUUGUCCCCACUGAGGGAACUGACCCUGGGCAGGAUGAGUCCUUGUUCCCCACAGGGAAAAGUCUGGAUGUCUGGAGACAGCUGGUGAUGGAUCCAGGCAGAAAACUCCAGGGGGACAGGUCUCCGUCCCUGAUGAGGAGGGGGAGCCUGGAGUCCCUGGGAGCCAGGAUAUCCCAGUUGAGCCAGAGCCCUGUGCUGGGGGGGGGCUGGGGGGAGCCCUGCCCAGCCCCCUCUGCCCAGCCAGCCCUGGGCCAGGGGGAUCCUCCCCAGGGGGGUCCAGGCUCCAAGAAAGACCUGUUGGCCUUUGCCCUGCCUGGGCAUCCCCUGAGGACUCCAGGGAUCUCUACUGGCAGGAGCAGGGCUGGGGCAAGGACAGGCUCUGCCAGUUUGCCCGGGGCCAGCAGUGCCAGGACCAGGGGACAUCCCUCCAGCAAGGCCCUGGGCCAGAGGCUGCAGGAGCCACCAGCUCUCCGGGGACAGAGCAGAGGGAGUGUCACCCUGGCUGUGGAUGACACGGAGAGGGAAGGAGCAGGCAGCAGGAACAGAGCUCCCUGCUUGGAUCACCGUGCUGAGGCAGCACUGGGAGCAUCGGGAGCAUCGGGAGCACCGAGAGCACUGGGAGCCCCCGGGCGAUGUGGGGCCGGGACAGGGGUGUCACCUGUGUCCUGGUGGCAGCGUGGGAAGCACAAAGUGGGGCUGUCCUGCCAGCGUGCAGUGGCGCAGCCGGUGUCACUGCAGAGGAGAUGGGAGGGGACACGAGAGCCGGGAUCUGGUGCCAAGACUCGGAGCGGAGGGGACAGAGCCAGGGCUGGCCUGGCACUGCUGCCACACACCUGGGACAGCUGGCACAGGCACCCCACGGACCGGGAGAGGAUGUCUCGACAGGGGCAGGGAGCCUGUGCCGGCUGCUGGGAGCGGCUGGGGAAGGAGGGAAGGAAAAUGUUGGCUUUGCAAGAAGAGAAACUGGAGCUACUGAAGAGGCUCCGGGAGCUGGAGCAAAGCAGCCGCUCCCUCCUGCAGCAGAGGCUGGAAACGCUGCACCAGCUCCACGGGCUGCUCCUGAGGGAGAAGGUGGACACCCUUCGGCAGCUCCAGAGGACCCUGGAGCAGGAAAGGGCUGGCAGGAGUGCCCGGCUGGAGCAUCUCCCGGGACACCCACGGGAGCCGGCGGUGCAGGGGCGGGCCGGGCACCCCCCGGCCAUGGAGACCCUCUCUCUGUGCCCGUGCCAACACCAACCCCUCCCCAGCAGUGCCCUGGGACGGGGCCCCUCCCCGGCGGCGGGCGGCUCGUCCCCCCCGUCCCACAGCCACGCGCUCCACAUCCUGCGGGGGCUCCGGGAGCACAUCCAGCGGCGCCUCCGGGAGUGGCAGAGGGUGGAGGGAGCCCUGGGACCUGCUGGACAGAGGAAGAAGGUGAUUUGGGGGUGGGGAGGAGGGUCUGAGAGGUGGAUGGAAUCCAUCAGCCUUUGGAGGAAUCCACAUUCUCGGUUCCUGGAGCCCACCCCUUGGAGCGCAGGGCGGUGGGAUGUCCCCACAGACCCCGUGUGUGACGGGAGCGGGGCCACCCGUGUGUCUGUCCCCGUGCAGGAGUUGGGGCAGAGGCAGCAGCCGCAGCAGCCCCGCACGGACGAGACAGCAGCUCCAGGAGCCCGGAGGGAGCAGCUGCUCCAGGGAAAGGCUUCAGGUCCUGCUCCAGAGCUCCCCCCUGGCAAGGCCGGGGUGGGGGCUCAGGUAGCUGUGUCUCGGGGGGGGUUGGGGUCUCAGUGA